AAAAUCACAGCGCCAUCGCACCAUCCCGGCCGCGAUCUGUCAAUCAAAGAAAAGUUUCGUGUCUCGAUGCUUCGACGCCCCAGACCUUCUUCUUCACAUCCCCUCUUCCCGUCUUCUUACAGUACCUCUCCUUCAAACUCUAGCUAGCCUACCGUAGCUAGUAGAAGCUAAAGGAUACUUCUGCCAAUUGAUUGAUGCACAUCAAAGAACCAUGAGAAAUCCCAUCCUAAAGUCAAUUUUCGUGGGCCUGUUCCAUGUGGUCUGCUUGUUGCCGUAUAUGGUACCCGUCGUGCAACACGCCUUUGGAGAGCAGCAAAAGCACAUUUACGAAGUCAAUCGAGUGGCAGUUUUGGACGAGUCGCACAUCAUGUCGUCGGACAAUAAAGAUAUCAAUGGCCCAGAUGUUCCCCUCGAAACCAUUUUCACCAAUGAUUACUGGGGUCGACCCAUGUCGUCUCCUUCUUCUCACAAGAGUUGGCGCCCCCUUACGGUCUUGUCCUUUCGAUGGACGACAUCCCCCAAGCAACCUGCUGCCUAUCAACUGCUGAUCCACCGGUCAUUCAAUAUCAUUACCCAUGCCGCAGUGGCAGAAUUGGUGGGAGCUCUGGCCGUGGAAAUUGUCAAAGGAUUUUUGCCACAAUCACCGCACACAUACGUCUAUACCACCCUUCUCUACGUCAUCACCAAAGCACUCUUUGUACUGCAUCCGACUCAUGUGGAAGCUACUGCUAAUGCUGCCAAUCGACCGCAUUUGCUAGGAGUGCUUUGUGCCGUCCUUCUAUCCAAUCCAGAUCUGCCAUGGGGUCUCUUUGUGUCUAUUCUUGCGGCAGGAUACAUGUUCAGUGAGACCUUUCUCUUCACCAUGCCUCCCGUUUUAGUUACAUUGACGUUGAUUGUCUUGUCACACGAACUAUACAAACGACAACAGACAGAGUUAUUGGCCAGUAAAAAAAUGGCAGAGCAAAAGAAGGAUGACUCCAAAAGCAGCAAAGAUGACGAGGAAGAAGACGAAGAGCCCGCAGAAUCACACAUUUUGGUGACUGUGGUUGCCACCGUGUUGCCCCGUGCAUUUUUAUUGGUGGCAUCUGGCUUUGCCUACUUUGGAGGGAGGUAUGCUAUGGAUUGGCUCAGCAUUCCCGAGGGUCUGAUUCGACCAGCCGAGAACCCAUUUUACAGAUUGGAGGGAUGGACGCGCGUUCGAAGCUAUACCUAUGUCUUGGGAAUACAUAUUGCCAAGAGCUGGUCCAUGGACUUUAUCGGAAUGAGCCACGAAUAUGGACAUGCCUGUGUUCUACCCAUUACCAGCUGGAGCGAUGAACGGUUUAUUGGGACUGUUGUGGUGGGGGCAGUUCUGGCAAUUAGUGUACUGGCGACCAUGCUGAUGACAUACAAAACGCGGCCGUUGGUGACAGUCAUUAUUCUGCUGCAUCUCUCUUGGAUGGUGACAUUCUUUCCAAUAUCUGGAAUUGUGAAAGUCGGUACCUUCAUCGCGGACCGGAUGGUCGUGGCGUCGACAGUUUCGACAUGCAUUUUACUGGGCGUUGUUUUCACCUCCUUGAUUGUUCCACUGUCACCCAAAACAACAAUCGACAACCCUACCCAGCAUAGACCUCGUGCUCCGUCCUACAACAAGACAGUUGCCCUGGUGGUGCUAGCCGUUCUGGGCCAUCAGUGGAUUACCAUUCACAAGCGAACAAUGGAGUGGAUGGGGUGGAUUCCGUUGCUGACCAGUGCUCUGAAGACAUGCCCUUCCUUUGCGAAGGCCCAUUUGGAGUUCAGUAAAAUCACGAAUGGACUCUAUCAAGAAGAAUUUAACUUGACCAAGAGUCGAUGGCAUGUCAUGCAGGCGGAAGCCUACGAUCCCAAUUUUUGUGAUGUCCACCAACAAUACGCACAGAUUGCCGUUCAGCAGAAUCUGUACCUGGAGUUUGAAGAACGUUUGAGUAAAGCAGUUACGUGUACGUUCACUAGCUCUGGCUCGGCCGAUUUGUGGCAACGCUACUGGAAGAUGACAUUGGACCCACAGCAAAAUGGCAAUUCGCAGUCGCUCCAAGCAGCACAACAACGAUAUCAGAACUACAUGAAGGAGAUUCAAAAAGCCAUUGACAGGGAAACGCAGAAGGCGGAAGAAGAGGAGCGAAAACAAUUGAACAAGAAGAAGUCACCCUUCUUCUGGGAUCACAGAGGUAGUUAGAACUUAUUAACUUGUACAUAGAGGCUGGUUAGAAGU